AUGCGACAGCCACACGAAGAGAAAACUUGCGGCUAUCCUCUAUACCGAUCUAUACUGAAGGCCCUGGAAAAGUACAACAUCGAGCACCUUGGCAGCUCUCGUGACAUCUCGUGGCCUCAGCGAGCCUUGCCGAAGGACAUUGCUGCCUUCAUCAAGAAGGAGUUUGACAAGAAGUACAAUCCCACAUGGCAUGCUGUGGUGGGCCGCAACUUCGGCUCCUAUGUGACCCAUGAGACGAAGCACUUCAUCUACUUCUACUUGGGCCAGGCGAUUCCUUGCAAUGAAUUUGGACUGCGACUGGAUCCGGGCCUGGAGCACUUUGGCAUUGACAAGCAUCAACGAGUACGAGGGAGGCAGGCAUUGGCAUCCGCAUCUCUGGGGGAAGAGCUGCGGGUGCAUCACAUCAAUGCAGCACUGCGUCAGGUCUCUUGGCCUGCAGCCCUCCAGGGGUUGGUGGAGUUGCCGGCUCUGCGAUUCCAGGCCACGGACGUCUCUCACAACGCAGCCGUUGCUGCUGCAGCCUCUCAAGUGAGCUGGCCAACGGCUUUGGGCGUUCUUCGCCGAAGCUUCCUACGCAAGCUGCAUAGUGAUAUUGGCGUGAAUUCAGCACUUUCUGCAUGCGGCAAAAGGCAGCGGUGGGAGAUUGUCAUAAACCUCUUGGCUUCCAUGUCGGCUUGGCAGCUCCGCCCGUCAACCAUAAGCCACAACAGCUCAAUGACGGCGAUGCACUACUCCAACCGCUGGGACUUGGCGAUUAACCUGCUCGGCAAUAUGAGCAGUGCCUCCGUGCCAGAAGACACGAUCUCCCAAAACGCUGCGAUCAGCUCCUUCGAGCGCAGUCGCCAAUGGUUUGGAGCUUUGGAGAUGUUGGCUCAUUUGCCUUUGAAGAGACCGUGUCCUUCUGCUAUUACCUUUAACGCCACCAUCAGUGCUUGCGAGAAAGCUUCAGCUUGGGCUUCUUCCCUGGCCGUCCUAGCUUUGAUACCUCCGCAGGUUGGUGCAGACCUCUGCGCCUGCAACAGCAGCCUGAGCGCCUGCUCUGGGUCCUGGCUCCAGAGCUUAGCGCUGCUCCACACGCUGCCACUGCGGCGGCUAAGCGCAGACCAGUUCAGCCUCUCCACCAUCAUCAGCUCCUUUGACCGAGCUAGUUGCUGGAACCUUGCCAUGGCCAUUCUCCAUGUGCAUCCAUGGCUCCUUCCAAACGAGGUGGGUUAUGGUGCCGCCAUCAGUGCUUGCGAGAAGGGAUUUGAAUGGAAUUGGGCCUUGGAGCUUGUUUGCCGCAUGGACGCUGCAGCCUUGGUGCCGAACACCACCUGCUACAACUCGGCAAUCUCUGCCUGUGAGAAGGGGUUCAGCUGGCUGCACGCCCUCGCGCUGCUUCAGGUGAUGGCCUCCUUGCAUGUCCAAAGUGAUGAGACGUCUGUCAAUGCCACCGCGAGCUCGCUCGAGAAGUGCACACAAUGGCUCAGCGCAGUUCUCCUACUGCCUCUCCUGCCAGCUCUGUCACCAGCAGAGCCCAUGGCACACAACGCGACGAUUUGCGCCUGCUUCAAAGGAGGCUGCAAGUGGGUUUCCAUCCUGCAAUUGCUUACAGAGAUCCCAUGCCUGCGGAUGACAGCCACUGAGGUGUCCCUGGAUUCCGUGGUUUGCGCAACGGCUGCAGCCAGAAAAUGGCGCCAUGCCGCGGAGCUGCGCUUGACAAUGGAGAAAGAGACUGGCUGCACUGGUUUUACUUACGAGGCCACCUUGGGAGCUGCUGCCAGGGCCACCGCGUGGUCGGCAGCUUCCGGCCUCCUACUGGAGGUCGCCGAGCCUGUCAGCUGUGAGAUCAGUGCAGAUCUGCGCCGCACAACCUGCUUCAAUGCUUCAAGCAGCGGCAUGAAAGUUCGAAAAGAGCUGUGCAUGGUAAAGUGCAAAGAAGCGGUCUGCAGAUGGCAAGCAUUGCUUGGAAGCCGAGUGCCGGAGCCCGCUGUUUUUGACCUUGGCAAGGGAGAGGUCAUCAAAGGCUGGGAAGCAGGGAUCCCCACAAUGCGUGUGGGCGAGGAAGCGCGGUUGACGAUUGCCCCGGAGCUGGCCUACGGCAUUGAGGGCUUACCGCCAAAGAUCCCAUCCAACGCGACCCUCGUCUUUGAUGUCAAUCUCAUCAGUUUCGAUUGCAAGGCCAGGCUUGUCAAGAAAUUUCCCCCGCAUGCCCUGAACACCCGUGACGCCAUGGAGAUCAGUUUGGCGCGGGACAUCAUGGCUUUCUGCUUGAGCCAGACGCAGGAGCGAGCAGCCGAGGAGCUCCGAAGACGCCAGCGUGGCGAGCGCUGUGCCGAGCUGCUCGACCAGGUCAUGCGCCGGCAACAGGUCGCUCAUGAAGUCGGGCGCUUUGCGGGGCUGGAAAUGUCCAGCCGGCUUUGUGCUUUAUCUCGUCUCCAUGGCGCGAGCUUGCGAAGCUCACUCUCACUUCUGCGCAAGGAUGCCCGCCCCGAGCUCUACGUUUUUGGUGGUCAAUCCAGCCGCCAAACGUUGGCGUCGGUCGAGCGCUUCGACUGGGAUUCUGGAACCUGGGAGUCCCUACCGCCAAUGCCCACAGCAAGGAGCUUCUGCUGCGCAGCAGCCCUCGGUGGCAAGCUUUUCGUCUUCGGUGGCGAGAGAGAUCAACGUGCAGCCUUCGCAGCUGCCGAGUGCUUCGAUCCGGUUAGCGGCGAAUGGGAACGACUCCCUCCCCUCCCAACGCCCAGGGCAGGCUGCGCGGCCGCUUCAGCGGCCAAGCGGCUCCUCGUCUGCGGUGGCUUGGUGAUAGCUUGGCAAGUCUUGGACGUGGUUGAAGGCUACGAUCCAGAUAGUCGCAAGUGGAAGAGGUAUCCCUCGAUGCCCACUCCUCGUUGUGGCUGUGCAGCCGCGGGCUUCGCAGAUCGGGUUAUCGUUUGCGGCGGUCAACUCGCAGAUGGUACUGUCUUGGACAAGGUGGAGAUGCUGGACAUGCGCACAGAGAUCUGGGAGCGCCUGGCCGCACUGCCCUCGGCGAGGAGUGGCUGCAGUGCAGCCGUGGUGGCAGGGAACCUGCUGGUGGUCGGUGGCCUGGGCGGCAGCGGUCUCACAAUUCCUGUGGUGGACCGCUUCGACUUGGAGGCCAGAGAGUGGGCCUCCCCCUUGUCGGUAUCGCUUGCUCGGGCUGGUGCUGCUCUGUGCGUCGUGGGACACACUAUCCACCUGCUCGGAGGCUUUGAUGGCAACCGGCAGGACUGCGACCGCCACGAUGCGUUGGAUGUGCAAACUGCCACAGUCUCAUCGCUGCGGCCGCUGCCAGCCCCGAGGAGGUUGUGCUGCGGUGCUGCCGUGGCCCGCUAG